AUGCCACGCCAUGGUUUUGACAGUCUACGGCGAAUGCCAAUUGUGGUGAUUCCACGAAGAAGGAAAUAUAAAAAUUAUGUAUCUAGGAGACGUAAUACGAAGCUUAUUGCUAGUCUGCGUCGAUGUUUCUCCGAUCCAAUAUUGUACCGAAGUUACAAUCAUUGGGAAGAUCUAUCAAGGCCAUUUCCUCCAGAAAAACCAUCAUCUUCAUUUGCACCUUCUGCUCAUGCAGCACCCAUUGCUGCAAUACCUGAAGCGAGUUCCUUUGAUGAUUCGGCGAUGACGGUUGAAGCUAAAACGAGGAAGGAGUUCGCUUCACUUCAGACGUCGAAAAGAUCAAAACCCAAAGAAGAAGUGUUGUUUGGUGGAUUGGCGAAAUCAGUAGUUCGAAAAGAUGAAGAUAUGAAAGUGGAAUUUAAAGAUAACGGAAAAUUAUCAAAAGCAUUUGAUUUGGUAAUGAACAAAGAUGGAAUAGCUGUUAAUUAUUCGGAUCAUGUUAUCCCAGAUGUGAAUGAAGAGGGAGAAAGUUUGGUAGAAGUUGUUUUACGUGCUCCCACUCCCCCAACCACCUCUAGGAUACGACCGCGUAAUUUGGCUUCUCGCAGUGUUGUGCUAUCAAGAACAACUACCAUCGAAACACCGCUCAUUAAGCGACGUCUCUUAGGUUGUGCAAAAUAUCACGAAGGUUGUGAUAGCGGUCGGAAGGAUUAUCACCGAGAAUAUGUCAAUUUACCAUCAGGAAGUAAUUUAGAUGAAAGAGAAGAGGAAAAAACGGCCGAACGAAAGGCUCAGAAUACGGUUACAGCUGUUACAGCUGCUUUUUCAACCCUAACAUUUGAACCACAGCAAAAUGAGCAAGAACGAGAAGCUAUUGCUGAACAAGCAAGUAAGGCAGGUGCUACAACUGUUGUCGGAACAAGAGGUGCAGAAGGAGUUAGAGGAGGAACAAGUGAAGUUACGAUAAGAAGUGGUGUUAAUAAAACGGAGAAACGGGUUGUACCAGUACUACAGCAAACGCUAAAUAUAAGCUCAGCAAAUAAUGAUAAUAAUAGCAUCGGUAUUAGUGGUAACAGUAGACAACGAAAACCCCGAAAAAUGGUACCACAAUCUACCGGGAUUACCGUAGUACAACCAUCAUCCAUUCAAAAGCCAAAACCUCCAACUAAAUUAUUUUCGCAUAGUUCCUUGCUUGCUACCCUUCAGCUACCAGCAUCCGUUAGAGCAAAGGUGGAUCGAAUUAUUGCAAAUGCUGAUCGGAAAGAAAAAGAACGAUAUUCCAAUCAUGCUCCCAUUAAUUCGAGUGAUCGCUCUGAUCGCCUACAACCGGCAUCUUCAUCGAAGUCACAUGUAACUGGAGCUGGACAAACGCCAUCAAGUUCUGUUGCACCUUCGGUAGCACGACCAGUCGUACAGGACGAUCGUGAUGGCCAUCUUAUUUAUCAGGAUGGUGAUAUUAUUCAAGGAAGAUAUGAAAUAGUACGUACAUUAGGUGAAGGAACAUUCGGUAAGGUGGUGCAAGUUAAGGAUGGUACUAAAGGUGGUCGACAGUUUGCAUUAAAGGUUAUCAAAAAUGUAAGCAAAUAUCGCGAAGCUGCACGUCUUGAGAUUAAUGUACUAAACAAAUUACAGGAGAAAGAUCCGAGUGGAAAAUUUUUGGUCAUACAACUCCUUGAUAAUUUCGAUUAUCAUGGCCAUGUGUGCUUAUUAUUCGAAUUACUUGGUCUUAGCGUUUUUGAUUUUAUGAAAGCGAACAAUUAUCAAGCUUAUCCAAUGGAGCAAGCGCGGUAUAUAGCUUAUCAAUUAUGCUAUGCGGUAAAAUUUAUGCACGAUAAUCGUUUAACGCACACGGAUCUCAAACCCGAAAAUAUUUUGUUUCUCAAUAGUAGCUACAGAGUGGUCGAGGAUGGAAAGAAAAAAAGGCCUUUACGAAUAAUCGAUGAUGCACGCGUACGAUUAAUUGAUCUCGGCUCAGCAACUUUUGAUCAUGAACAUCAUUCGACAAUUGUUUCAACAAGGCAUUAUCGAGCACCUGAAGUUAUUCUAGAAUUAGGUUGGUCUCAACCAUGUGAUGUCUGGUCGAUUGGUUGCAUCUUGUUCGAGCUCUACCUCGGUAUCACAUUAUUUCAAACGCACGAUAAUAGGGAACAUCUUGCAAUGAUGGAAAGAAUUUUGGGUACAUUACCUUAUCGAAUGUGCAGGAAGUCCAAAACGAAAUAUUUUUAUCACGGACGAUUAGACUGGAAUGAAAAAACACAAGCAGGACAGUACGUUAGAGAUAAUUGUAAACCGUUGUCGCGCUAUAUGAAGUCAAACGAUCCGGAGGACGUUGAAUUAUUUGAUAUAAUCUCAGAAAUGCUUACAUAUGAACCAUCGCAACGAAUAACGCUGGGUUCUGCAUUAGAUCAUCGGUAUUUCAAACGUUUAGCACCACAUCUUAGACUACACGAAAGUGGUGCUUCGUCGAAUGGGUCAUCCACAUCAUCAGCAGCGGCGACAACUGCUGCAGCAGCGGUAGUAUCAGCUCAAGCAAUAGUAAUAUCUGGUGCGAGUGAUGGAAAUGGUGAAGAACGAUAG